AUGUCCACCUUCACUUCUGGACGCAUGGAUUGUAGCCGCAGGCAAGGUCAUAACGCUGGGGUAGCGACUUCCUCGCAGUCAACACCACAAAUAAAGCGCCUCCGAAAAGCAUUCGAAGCUAUGAAAUGUCGCAUUCGCCAUGACUUAAGUAGCUCUAUUGGGACCAGCUUUGGUGUUCGAGAAGAAUAUCGAAUAUCAUGGGAAUUAUUUACGUAUGUAAACCCUUCUACAGCACAACCGUGUGGGCCUCACCGACCGUUCUGGGAAUUAUCAACAGCCUCUGUUAAUGGUUUCAUGCGUUGGGAGUUCAAUCGGUGGAUUUCCGCCAUCAACUUCGUGCGGGUGCGAGGAACUCGUCGUGACUGUAGCUGGGAGGAUCACCAGAGAAACAUGAUCAUGGUCACAAUUCUUCUCCGUUCUCUGAAAGCGAGUGUUAACUGCCAUCACAUCGCUAAGCGGUCUCAGUUGUUUAAAGAUCAAUACCAAAACCGGCAGGGAAAGAACCUUCGAGGGAUGAACUUUGAAGGGAGCAUGCGGGAUACCGGCCUUGCUUGGUUACCUUGUGAAUUCUUUAAUUGGUCUAAUCUGCAUCUACUUGAUGAGCUUCUUCCAUUGACUACUUUCACCUUCAACGGGCUUCAAGGCGUAUUUGGCAACUGGAGAGCUGUCGAUUUUGUUAAUAAAGAAUAUUACCGUGCAAGAGAGCUAGAGAAUUGUCUGCAAAAUUGCGGACCAGAUGGUCGUUCCAAAAUUUUGGAUAACAUGAGAAAGAUGGUUUAUCAGCAGUUUGCGCUCCAGGUAAUCCAACAGCUCUACGUGAGCCCGAAUCUCGUUGAUAGCGAUACAAUGCUCAAACAAGGGAGCAAUGGUUUAAGUUUCGAUAUCAUUCGCACUCUAGUUGGCGAGGGGCCACAUUUAGCGCAAUCGAAGAAGGGAAAUCAUUAUUUAGGGCAUACUUAUCCUGAACGAGUGCAAGGUCUCUUUGAUUGGGAUGACGGCAUCAUCCGAACUUUCUGGGAUCAUUGCUUUUACAGACAGCUAGCUCGAAAGUUUUAUGAGUCUAUAUCAGCUUCGCUGACCUGCAAUGAUGCCGAUGAUUGGAAAAGCUCACUUGGUAAACGGGCGUUGCCGUACUUCUGGAUCAUCCCACUGUAUGAUAAGCACAGUCUGUUUACUAAAGUUAGCCGGGCCAAUCAACCUAGUGUGAGCCGUCCAUUUAUUUCCGGCAUCUUCCAGUGGGGCCCCGAAGAUAAUUAUAGCGACCUGGAUGAUGAGGCAAAGUGGCUGUUCGGUGGUAACAUAUACUUAACUGGGCAGCCAGACUGCUUCACUGAGCAAGAGGAACAAGUGUCCGUUGACACUCUUCAACUUGACGAACCAGAACGAUAUAUGAUCGACUUCAAAUGCUCUUUUCCGUUCUCCGAGAUCCCAGAGAUUAUUAGAGAAGGAUUAGAAGCUUGCCAAAAGACUUUUGUUCACGGUGAUCAGAGAAUAUUAGCACAUUAUGAGACUGCCCAUAAGUGUCUCGCACAGUCUCUGGGAGAUCCAUUAUGUGAUCUGCUUUUAAUGAUUGUCUUGACCCUGGCUUCCUCGAUUGUCACACCAACAUUACUGAGCCACAAAUCUCAUUUUGAAGCUGGGGCUCGGAAAGAUCCAAAGCUAUUUGCUGUGACCCUCACUACUCGAAUGCUUUGGUUUCUUCAUCCAGAAUGGUUUCCUUGGGACACAGAUGAAGAGGGGCGUUCUCUGCAUUCCAGAAAUGAUUAA